ACAUGAGGCGCAACGACGCGCGGCUCGCCGCCUACGAGGGCUGGCGCGCCGCCGAGGUCGAGAGCGUCCGCCAGCUCGCGGCCGAGGACCUGGCCGUGCGCGACGCGGUGGCCGCCCUCGAGGCGGCCCGCGCGGCCGAGACGGCGGCCGGCCUCGGCAGGGAGCACCGCCGCCGGCAGGUCGCGGAGCGCAAGUGGGCCCAGCUCGUGCUCGAGGAGAGGGUCCGGCUCCUCGACGAGAUGGAGACGGUGGAGAGGGAGAACGGCGGCGAGCCGCUGUCGGACGACGACGAUGUUGGUACAGAUACCGGAAUCGCCCAGUAA